AUGGCCGAAAAAUCUCCAGAAGAUAUUGAGCACGCGGUAACAACGUCGGACCAGGGCUCCAUUGACCCGGUUCUCGACGCGCGCGAGAAGGCUUUGGUAUGGAAACAGGAUUUAAGGAUUGUUCCGUUGUGCGCGGCAAUUUACUUGCUAUGUUAUUUGGAUCGGUCUAACAUUGCAGGAAACGCUAAAAUUUUGAACAAAGAUACUGGCAAUGACCUUCUCACGGAGACGGGCAUGACCUCUUACCAGUAUACAAUUGCCUUAAUGGUCUUCCUCAUUGCCUAUGCAUUGUUUGAAGUACCAUCGAAUUACUUUUUGAAAAAGCUCAGACCUAGUCGAUGGAUCGCCUUCCUCAUGCUAUCAUGGGGUGCAAUCACAAUGGGCCUCGGUGGUACCCAUACCUAUGCCCAAGUGACCGGUAUCCGGUUUCUACUGGGUGUUAUGGAAGCCGGACUGUUCCCAGGAUUUGUCUACUAUCUAACUUUUUGGUACCGCAAUUCCGAACGAUCAAUGCGAGUGGCCUUGAUCCUCGCCUCUGCAACGCUAGCCGGUGCCUUUGGCGGCGCAAUCGCGUAUGGUGUAGGCCAUAUGAACGGUGCGCAUGGACUCAGCGCUUGGCGAUGGCUAUUCAUUAUUGAAGGAGCGCCCUCUUGUGCAUCCUCUGUUUUGGUUUGGUUCUUUUUGCCAGAUUACCCCGAAACUGCGCAUUGGCUUUCUACCGAGGAAAAAGAGCUCGCAGCGUAUCGCUUACAAGCCGAAGGCUCGCACGGUUCUGCAAGUGCUAUGUCUUGGGCGGAUGCGAAAGCUGUGCUUGUUGACUGGCGGUUGUAUGCUCAUUAUGCGGUUUACUUUGGCAUCUCCACUCCCUUCUCAAGUCUUUCUCUUUUUACUCCUGCCAUUACUGCUGGGUUGGGAUAUUCUAACUUACGAGCACAACUCAUGACGGUGCCACCGUACGCUGUAGCAUAUGUCGUGACUGUAGCGGUUGCAUGGUCAGCAGACCACUUUAAUAGUCGCGGUCUUCACUCCGCCCUGUUCGCGUUUAUUGGCGCAAUGGGUUUCCUGGCAUCGGCUGUUCUUCCAGCAGAUGCAUACCUCCAUCGUUACGGCUGCCUUAUCGUCGCAGCAGCCGGAGCAUUCGCCUGCAUCCCCCCGCUCCUCGGCUGGCUAUCAUCGAAUCUCCGAUCGACGGCCGGAGCAGGCCUAGCCAUUGCACUGAAUAUCUCAUUCGGUGCACCGGGCCAAAUUGUCGGGGUGUGGAUCUAUAAAUCUGAUGAAGAAAAGAAGGGAUAUCCGACAGGACACUGGACCAAUGCCGCCUUGCUUCUUUUUGUGGCGGCUGGAUGUAUCCUCUUGAGACUGUACUACGGGUGGAGAAAUAAACGAGGAAAUGCCGAUGAAAGCGGGAAGAAAUUUGCAUAUUAG